AUGCCCGUUGUCAAAGAUCCCCCGGCCUUUGACGGCCACGCAAAUCAUGCUGCUUCAGACCCAAUUGCCCUGAAGACCACCUUCGGCGGCUCUGAAGAGCCUUAUCCCAUUGCCCUCCUGGAGGAUGCCGCCUCUGAUGCGGCCCAUCCCAUCCGCGAUUCAACCAGCGACUCGGGUCAUCACAACCAUACCACUCAUCUCAUCGUCGACGACAACGCCGUUCGCAAUUGCAACAAUUACGACAGCCAGCGUGCUAAUGAACACGGCUGCGGACGUUACCGUGUUAUCACGGACGACCUGAUUGAUCCGAUCCUACUUGCUUGGGAGGAGGAUCACAAGAUCGCAUUUUUUACUCAUCGCAUGGGUGCUUCCACGGAUAGCUACUCGGACAGCGACAUCCUCCUCAAGACCUCUGUCAACUUCAUCUUGAAUGCCACCGCAAGGGCUCCGAUCACUGGCUUUUAUGCCCCGGCCACAUGCAACUUCCCGAACCCGGCAAACACGUUCCUUGCCUCGAACCACCACAUGACCGGAAAUCACAGCACCGGUACCUCCAGCCCUAACUUCGUUAAUCCUAUUCCCGGCUCAUCCAACAUGACGCGCCCUAACUCCAUCCAACCCACCAACACCCAUCACGUCGCCAAAGUCACUGCACCCAAGCCACAGGUUGCCUCGGCCCAUCGCUCCAUCACCAAAGCGGGUGUCAAGAAAUCUACCAUCACCAAAUGCCGGGAGUGCAAACCAGGCAAGGCCGGCUGGGCCCAGAUUUACGAAUGGGCCGCCCAGGGCAUUCUCACAUGCACCGACUGUAUGAAGCGCCCACAGCGCGCGGCUGGUAAGCUGUGCGACGAGUGUUUCCAGAGAGAGGAGGAGUGA